AAUCGCAACCAGUUGGGCGGUCGUCGCAUUUAGUUAAUGCUAGCUUCUUGUCGAGUGCGUCUCGUACAGCAAUGGAAAAGUGCCAAACUAUAUUUCCCUAUGACAUACGCGAUGUGGACGCGACCAUCAAUGCGGAGCUGCUGGAAUACUUUACAGGUGAGCGCACAGGCUUUGUGCAAGUUGGACCCGAGGGCUACUUCUUUCCACACAAGUUUAAAGCUCAUGCAGCGCAAUAUUACAAUUUCGAGGCGCGUCCCGAUGAUAUAUGGAUAGCAACUGUUCCGCGAUCGGGCACAACUUGGACCCAAGAGCUCAUCUGGCUGCUAGCUAAUGGCCUUGACUUUGAGCAGGCACAACAACGUCCUCUCACUGAACGUUUUCCCUUUCUGGAAUUUCCCUUGUUCGUACACGAUGAAGUGAAGGCAGAACUUCAAGCUGAGAAUAGUCAUUCUCCUGCUGCUCUCGGGUUUAUUGACCAUAUUUCGAGACCGGGUUACGAGACGCUGGGUGAAUUACCCCAUGAUCGGCGUCGCUUUAUUAAAACCCAUUUCCCCUUUUCCUUGAUACCUCCAAGUGUGCUGGAGAACCAAUGCAAGAUCAUCUAUGUGGCGCGCAAUCCCAAGGAUGUAGCUGUGUCCUAUUAUUAUCUGAAUCGUUUGUUUCGCACGCAGGGCUACAUAGGAGAUUUCGAACGUUAUUGGCGCUAUUUUCAGCAAGGUUUAAAUCCCUGGUUGCCUUACUACAGUCAUAUAAAAGAGGCAAAGGCACAUAGUAAACUGCCAAAUGUGCUUUAUCUCAACUAUGAAGACAUGCUAGUAGAUUUACAAGGUACUAUAUUAAAAGUUGGCAAAUUUUUAGACUGCACGCCCGAUGUUGUGGGACUGGAAAAAUUACUUAAUCAUUUAAGCAUUAAAAACUUUCGUGAAAAUAAGUCUGUCAACAUGAAUGAAAUGGCAGAAGUUGGAAUUCUUCGGUCGGGCGAAGCCGCGUUUGUGCGUAAAGGCGGCAAAGAUAAUGACGCUAAGCAGCAUGAUCAAAAGGAAUUUGUGGAUAAUCCAAAAUUACUGAAAAUUGCUAAUGACUGGAUACAACAGAAUAUUGGAGACUCUAAAGCACGAUGAAAGGUAGCAGCUACAUUAGAAAGGAAAAAACUUAUCAAUAUAAUUCGAUACUUUCCACCUGCUUUUCAGAGCUGAUAAGCAGCACAAACAUGUAAUACACAUAAGUUAUAAUUGAU